UUCAGCCCACCAUAGGAGCAGCAGAGCCGGGCGAGUGUUUCACCCGGGACAUGGAGUUGACAGGUGCGCACACCGCGAUGAGAGGGACACUUCUGCUGCCGCUGCUGCUGCUCUGCUCCUCCGGCGGAGAAGCGCAGCAAUCCGCCGCCGUUGUACGAAAGUAUUAUAUAGCAGCUGUAGAAAUAGGUUGGGACUAUAUCUACCUGGACAAUGUUGACCCAGCUUCCGAGCAAAGGAGGAGAUCCAAAGAUGUUCCACAAAAAUACAUCAAAGCAGUUUACAGGGAGUAUACAGACUCCACAUACACUGUCCCCAAGCCAGUCCCAGCAUGGACAGGUAUUCAAGGCCCGGUGAUCGUUGCCCAGGCUGGUGACAGGGUGGUGGUCCACUUCAAGAAUCUGGCCUCUCAGCCCUACAGUAUCAGCCCUGUGGGGGUCACGUACUGGAAACAGUCUGAAGGAGUUGGAUAUGAUGACGCCACAGCGGGUCAGGAGAAGGAGGAUGAUGUCGUCUCUCCGGGAGGAUACUAUGAGUAUGUGUGGGACAUCAGCCCUAAAGAUGGUCCCACCACCAGUGAUCCCGAGUGCCUCACCUACUCCUACUCAUCCCAGGUGGACACAGUCCGAGAUGUAAACUCAGGACUCAUCGGUGCCCUGCUCAUCUGCAAAUCAAGUGCCUUCGCAGAUGAUGGCCAGAGGAGAAAUCCAGCGUUUGUCCUGCUGUUUGCAGUGUUUGAUGAGACCAAGAGCUGGUAUGGACAGGUAGGAGAGAGGAAGAGCAGAGAGAAGUUCAAGAGGAGCAGCGACAGGAAGGAAUACCACACCAUCAAUGGAUAUGUCAACGCUACGUUACCCGGUUUGACAAUGUGUCAGGGCCCUAAUCACGUGUUUUGGCAUCUAAUUGGGAUGGGCACAGCUCCAGAAAUCCACUCCAUUCAGUUUCAGGAUCACACUCUGCAGGUGUUGAACCAUCGUAAAGUCACCAUGGAGGUGACUCCUAUGAGAUUCAUUACUGCAAAAAUGAGACCUGCUACUAUAGGGACGUUCCUUAUCAGCUGUCAGAUAUAUGCUCACCGCCACUAUGGUAUGAACGCUUUGUUCAUGGUGGAGAAAUGCCUUGACCCUGUCACUCUGCCGGGACCUGACAUGCGUAACGUCAAACCCAAGGAAUACGAGGUCUACAGUGAAGAGUUUAGUGACGAAGACACUGAGGGUUUGUUCAACACCAUAAGCUUUCAGCCUAAGAAACCACAAGUGCAAGCCAGAGCUAACAGGGGACAGCAGCCUAUAACCUGGGAGCAUUACAUCGCCGUUGAAGAGGUCACCUGGGACUACGCUCCUCAUCUCAAACCCACAGACAGUGAGUUGCAGUCACGAUAUUUGCCUGCAGCUCCCCAUCACCUGGGCUACAAGUAUAAAAAGGUGGUGUAUGUGGAAUACACAGAUGGAUCUUUCACUCAGAAGAAGAACCCUGCAAAGACACUGCUGGGUCCAGUUCUGAAAGGAAAAGUCAAUGAUCAAAUCCAUAUCACUUUCAGAAACCUGGCCAGUCGCCCUUUCAAUAUCUACCCCAAUGGCCCUACCAAGAUCUUUCCACUGCAGAGAUCCACAAAUGCUGCAGAGAAGGACUUGCGCUCUAUGGGAGUGCCCCCCAACGGGACGUUUGGCUACGUUUGGAGUCUAACAACAGAUGAUGGGCCAUUGGAGGAUGACCCCCUGUGUCUGACCCAGCUGUAUCAGAGCACCGUAUCCCCAGAGAGGGACUUGGCCUCCGGACUGGUGGGCACCCUGCUCAUCUGCAAGUACAGCGUCAUCGACACCAGAGGAAACCUGUUGGGACCCGAUAAAGAGUGGAGCGUGAUAUUUGCUGUGUUUGAUGAGAACAGAAGUUGGUACAUCAAUGAAAACUUGCAGAAGUCCAUCCAAAAGUCCUCUAACACCACAGACCCUGAAUUCUACAACUCCAAUGUCAUUUACAGUGUAAACGGCAUCAUGUUCAGCGGGCGUCAGUUUGUGAUGUGUAAAAGUGACGUCACCUUCUGGCAUGUUGCAAAUGUGGGCACCCAGAGUGACUUCCUCUCUGUUUACUUCACGGGAAACCUCUUUCAGUACCAAGGCCUCUACCACUCUGUCCUCACCCUCUUCCCUAUGACUGGCAUGACGGUUUACAUGGAAACCGAGCUGAUGGGUGAGUGGGAGAUCAGUGCCUUCGAUGGCAACCUCAAGAGCCGGGGGAUGAGCAUCAGUUACACCGUUCGUCCUUGCGACAAUGGAGAUCUCCCACUAGUUGAUCGACUUGAGGAUGAAGAUAUCUCCGACUACAUCGAUCAGCUAAAUCCACAGCCGAGGGGCAGACGAUCUCAAAAUCAUACAGUGAUGGUUCAAGUGUGCAAGAAACCCCUCACUAACAGCAACACUCAGUCAGUAAACAUUUCUAGUCAAAAUGGCACUAAUGGAGUUAAAGGACAGUCAGGAUGUCAGCUGAAGAAAGUGACAUCGGUGGAAGGAGGAAAACCCAACAUGGUGUCAGAGGGUGAAAUCCCACUGGAUAUCUUGGAGGAAAUAAAGAGAGAUGAGGAGUUGACAGUGUCUCAGAAUGGGACUGAACCUGGAGGAGAGAGAGGUGGCAGACAGAGAAGACAGGCAGAGGGUAACUGGACAGAUGUAGAUAUCAGUUCUGGAGCCUCAGAAGAUGGAGGAACUGGGAUAGAGAUCAGAGAACAGACUGUGGAAAUCAAGACUGACACUGGUGCCGAGGUAAAAGCUGAGGAAAGGAAUGAAAUGUCAAGUGUAAAUAAUGGGACAGAGGGAGAGCUUGAAGAGCGCAACGAGAUCUUACUGAAAGGUAAUCCACUGCUGGACAUGAAGCUCUCAACUGUAGAACUAACCAAUUCAGAAGAGAUGGAUCAAAACCACAUUCAGUCUGAACGUGAGCGACUUAGAGCAGAUCUGCUGGAGCUAGAAUACAACACUGCUGAUAACAACACAACAGGGAUUGAUCUCUCCCUUGAGUAUGAUGACUACAGCCAAGAGGUGAACAGCACAUCAGAUAUAUUUGGCACAGAUUACAUGGACCUGCGCUCUGGAGAGAUCAGAUAUCGCACCUACUACAUUGCUGCAGAGGAGAUCACCUGGGACUAUGGCGUCAGAAAACCACAUCAGCUCAUCAAACCCAGAGAGAUGCGUCGAGGGAUGAGGAAGUUCCUACCAGAGUAUAAGAAGGUGGUGUUUCGAGCCUACAGGGAUGAAGACUUCCUGCUUCCUGUAAGCAGAGGAGAGCACCAGCAACACCUGGGAAUCAUGGGACCUUUCAUCAGAGCUGAGAUUAAUGAUCUCCUCACUGUGAUCUUUAAGAACAAGGCAUCCAGGCCUUACUCUUUUCACCUUCAGGGAGUCUAUGACCGCAACCAGGGAGCAGGCAUUGCCCAAACCCAUGCCUCCUCUGCUCCACCUGGGGUCCCAGGAGAGCCUGUGGCUCCUGGGGAGGCGCGGACCUAUAACUGGAGAAUAACCAGGACACAAGGACCAAAAGACACUAAAUUUGACUGCAAGACUGGGGCUUACUACUCCACUGUGGACAAGGAGAGGGACCUUCAUUCGGGUCUGAUUGGUCCACUGGUGAUCUGUAAGUCCGGUACCCUCCAGACUCGUCAGAACACACAGCCAGACGUCCAGGAGUUCUCCCUGCUCUUCCACACCUUUGAUGAAACUAAAAGCUGGUACCUGGAGGAGAGCCUGCAGCAGCACUGCACGCCACCCUGUCAGGCCAACACUGAGGACCCCUGGUACCACGUCAGCAAUAAAUUUGCAGCAAUAAAUGGUUAUGUGGCGGAGACACUUCCUGGUCUGUUGGUUGCCCAGUACCAGCGAGUGAGGUGGCACCUGCUGAAUGUAGGAAGCGACGGAGAGUACCACGCUGUGCACUUCCAUGGUUUGCCUUUCACUGUUCACACUAAACAGGAACACCGUAUGGGGGUCUACAACCUUUUCCCUGGAGUGUUUGGCACGGUGGAGAUGAGACCCCCCACAGUUGGCAUAUGGCUGGUGGAGUGCACUAUAGGGGACUACCAACUGGCCGGCAUGAGGGCUAAACUACUGGUCUAUAAUCCACAAUGUGUCUUGCCUCUGGGGAUGAAAUCAGGAAGGAUUGAGGAUUCCCAGAUCACAGCAUCAGAUCACAUAGAUAACUGGGAGCCAGGGCUGGCGAGGCUAGAUCAGUCUGGUUUUAUAAAUGCCUGGAUGGGCAGAAACAAGAUGUCAUGGAUACAGGUUGACCUUCAGAAGCCCACUCUGCUGCAUGGUGUGCAGACGCAGGGAGUCAGGGCAAAGCUGAGGGACAACUACAUCACGUUCUUCACCGUCUCCUACAGCCUGGACCAGGAGACCUGGACCACUUACAGAGGAAACAGCACCAGGCAUACCAAUAUAUUUUAUGGCAACAUGGACAGCUCCAAGGUGAAACACAACCAUUUCUCCCCACCAUUUGUGGCUCGCUACGUCAGGAUUCAGCCAUUAAACUUUGUGCAAAAGCCUGCUCUCCGACUGGAGCUGCUGGGCUGUGAUCUCAACAGCUGCUCUCUCCCUCUCGGGCUCCAGAAGAGGCUGAUUCCUGACAGCAGCUUUAGUGCCUCCUCAUUUUAUUCACCUCUGAUGCGUAGCUGGAGCCCCGCCCUCGCCCGCCUCCAUCAGGAAGGGAGCGUCAACUCCUGGAGGCCAAAGAACAACAACCCCCACGAGUGGCUGCAGGUUGACUUGGGGAAAGUAAGGCGCAUUACGGGGGUCAUAACCCAAGGAGCACGAUCGUGGUUGACCCAAAUGAUGGUGACCGAGUUCUCAGUCACCUUCAGCCAUGACGGACACUUGUGGAGAAGUGUGUUAGAGGAGAGCUCCCAAAGAGAAAAGAUCUUCACAGGAAACAACGAUUCAGAUGAGGAAGCUCUCACUGUUUUUGAUCCCCCUGUGUUCGGCCGCUACCUCCGUAUCCACCCGCGGGGUUGGAUGAACGACAUCGCCCUGCGUCUGGAGGUCCUGGGCUGUGACACGCAGCAGGGUCUGUGACACCACUGGGCUAAACUCACCAACACCAUGCAGCAACAUUUUAGUAGCAUAAUGUAUCCUGGUUUCAUUAUAGAGUUGUAACUUUGGCAAGUGAUGAAAAAUGUUAUAUUGUUUCGGAGAGCACUUAUUAAAUUAUAUAUUUCAUGUAACUGUUAAGAAAAGCUGAACUGUAUAAGUAUAAGAAAAGCUAUUUCUUCUGUGGCCACAACUGUGUUUACAUUUUCACAUGGUAUUUGGUCAUUUCAUUCUUAUUUUUGUCAUGUUUCUCAUGUCAGUAUUUCACAGGGUCACAGUGUUUAAAACACAGCUGAGCUACACAGUAUUUGCUUUACCUUUGCAGUACACAGCUGUGCUAACCACAGAGAACAAACCUUUUGAAUGUAAGCAUCUGUAAAUAUUUCAGACUCAGAUGGAUGUAUAAAGUUUGGUUGAUGUAUAUUGUUGGAAAAGUUUGUAUUAAUGUAUUUUUCUGCUUUAUUAGAAUUUAUAUAAACAAUGAAUCUUGA